AGCUGUUGUGGCCUCAUUGAACAUUGGGACUUGGAAGCUGAAUUACCGAUAGCUAGCUAGCUAACUGAGGCUAGCCAAUGUGUGUGAGAGAAUAAACGGGUUUUAUAUAUUUGUCGAAUUUACUGCUUUCCGACGGCAUUGCCUGAUAAUGCGGGAGUAAAAUAAUAAUAAUUAGUAUCGGAGAAACAGCGUAUAUUGGGGGUUUUCUUGUUUUACCAGUCCAUCUCUGUGAUCGAAAUGUCGGGGAAAAUUGAAAGCAAGCAAGACUCCCAGCGCUCCCACCUUUCCUCCUUCACCAUGAAGCUAAUGGACAAGUUCCACUCCCCCAAAAUCAAGCGGACGCCCUCCAAGAGGAAGCAGCUGCAGCCAGAACCGGCCGUCAAGACCGCAGAGAAACCUGUCAAUAAGAAGGUGAGCCGGCUGGAGGAGAACGAGAAGGAGGUGGUCAGCGCCUUGCGCUACUUCAAGACCAUCGUGGACAAAAUGGUGGUGGACCAGAAGGUUCUGGAGAUGCUCCCGGGCUCCGCCAGCAAGGUGCUGGAGGCCAUCCUGCCCCUGGUCCAGGUGGAGACGCGGAUACAGCACAGCAACAGCCCAAGCUGGCUACUUUUCUCACCUGCCUGGCAACCCAAAACAUUUGGGGCACCCUGUGACAAACAUUUUCCUUGUGCCCGCUCUGCAGUGUCGUCCUGCCACAACCGCGUGUACCAGAGCCUGGCCAACCUCAUCCGCUGGUCCGACCAGGUCAUGCUGGAGGGAGUCAACCUGGAGGACAAGGAGACCAUCCUAGCGGUCACCACGGUCAUAAAAGCGGUGCUGGAUGGCGUGAAGGAGCUGGUGAAACUCACCAUCGAGAAGCAGGACCAGCCCUCGCCCACGUCCCCCGUGAAGCCGGCCCCUCCGGUGGCCCCGCCCGAAAGCACCGCGGAGCUGCCCCUCAACGAGAGGGAGAAGGAGAUCCUGAACAAGACCACGCCCAUGGCCCAGUCCCCCGAGAACCCUCCGGACGCUGCGGACGAGGACGUGGCCCCGCCCAAGCCCCCGCUGCCGGGGGCCAAGGCUUCUGAGCUCAGCCCCCCUCCCGCCCUGCCCCCGAAGAAGCGGCAGUCGGCCCCGUCCCCCACCCGCGUCGCCGUGGUCGCCCCCAUGAGCCGGGCCACCAGCGGGUCCAGUCUUCCCCUCAGCAUCAGCAAGCAGGAGUGCGAGACGGAGUUCCUGCAGCGGCGCUUCUCCGGCGGGAGCCACUCGUACGGAGGGGAGUCUCCCCGCCUCUCGCCCUGCAACAGCAUGGGCAAGCUCAGCAAGUCUGACGAGCAGCUGUCCUCCCUGGAGCAGGACAGCGGACAGUGCUCCCGCAACACCAGCUGUGAGACCCUGGACAACACGGAGAGCUACGACCCGGACUACGACUUCCUGCACCAGGACCUGUCGUGCCUGGAGCACAUGCCCUCCGCGCAGGUGGGCUGCCUGAGCCCCCUGCCCGAGUCCCACAGCGAGUCCCCCUCCCCCGGCCCCGGGCAGCAGCCCCUGCCCCCGCGCUUCAGCGCCCCCUGCCCCCCGGGCGGCGCCGAAUACUGGGGCCCCCAGGGGCCCCUCCCGCUGCCCCCGCACUCCUCCCGCCUCAGCGCCCCGCCCGCCCUGCCGCAGAAGAAGCGGCGCAGCGCCCAGGCGCCCUUCUUCCCCGCGUCCUACGAGCGGCUGCCCUCCCACUACGACAACAUCUCCGAGGAGGACCUGCCGCCCGUGCCGCCCUUCCCCCUCUUCACGCCCAUCUCCCCCAUGCCCCAGAGCAACGGCGGGGCCUUCGCCGCCGAAUUCAUCGCCUGCGAGGGCGCCGACUUCCCCCAGAGCCCCCCGCCCCUCCCCGAGAAGAAGAGCCGACACAUCCUGCAGUACAUGCAGUUUGUGGAGGAUUACUCGGAGCCCCAGCCCUCCGUGUUCUACCAGACGCCGCAGAGCGAGAGCAUCUACGAGCAGCGCAACAAGCGCUUCCAGGAAGUGUACGGCUUCAACGAGUCCUUCUGCAGCACGGAGUCGCCCCCCGCCCUGCCGCCCAAGCAGAGACAGCUGGCCUCGCACUCUGCUUCCCCUUCCUCCUCCUCGUCCUCCUCCCUCUCCUGCCACCUCCAGCACUCCGCGGUGGGGGCUGAGGAGGCCGGCGCGGCCCUCAGCCUCAGCCUGUCCGUCUCUCAUUCCUUCCUGAGCGGCCACGCCUCCUUGGCCACGCCCACGAGCUCGGACCUAGUGGUGCCAGCCAACGCCAGCCAGUUAGCUGAUCCUGGGGGCGUGACCAACGGUUCCCUGGAAAACUCUGGUGGCUCUUUCGCUGUCUGCCUUCCUACUGAAACCUCUCUCACUGACUCUCUUCAACCCUCUGUGAGCGAGAGCGCUAACGAGGAGGGCGGGGAGGGGGAGUACGUCAACCUCUAUGCGUCCGGCCAGGCCAACGGGGAGGUGCUGCUCUCCCACGGAGACCUCACCACCAGCAACGACGACGUCCUCCAGGACCCCGCCCCCCAGAACGCCUCGUCCAAUAGCAAAGAGACGUCGGACAUAGAAACGAGGAGGCAGAAGUCUACCGACUCCGGCCAGAGUGACGAAGAGGUGGACGAGCUCUCCCUCAUCGACCACAAGGAGAUCAUGUCCCGCAUAACACUGAAGCAGGAGAAUGACGACGGUCCAGAUGUCCGCGCGGGUUCAGGAGAUAUUUUAUUAGUCCACGCCACAGAAACAGACCGCAAAGACCUUGUCUUUUACUGUGAGGCCUUCCUGACGACCUACAGGACGUUCAUAAGCCCAGAAGAUCUCAUAAAGAAACUUCACUAUCGAUACACCAAGUUCUGUCACAGCCCGGACGUGUUCAAGAAGCGAGUCAGUAAAAACACCUUCUUCGUGCUGGUGCGCGUGGUCGACGAGCUGUGCCUGGUGGAGCUGACGGAUGACAUCCUGAAGCAGCUGAUGGACCUGGUGUUCCGGCUGGUGUGCAACGGAGAGCUGAGCCUGGCCCGGGUUCUGCGCAAGAACAUCCUGGACAAGGUGGAGCAGAAGAAGCUGCUGCGCUACACCAACUCCCUCAAACCGCUGGCCUCGCGCGGGGUGGCUGCCAGGCCAGGCACGCUGCACGACUUCCGUAGCCAUGAGAUCGCUGAUCAGCUCACGCUCCUGGAUGCAGAACUCUUCUACAAAAUAGAGAUCCCGGAGGUCCUGCUCUGGGCGAAGGAGCAGAAUGAGGAGAAGAGCCCGAACCUGACCCAGUUCACCGAGCACUUUAACAACAUGUCCUACUGGGUGCGCUCAAUAAUAAUCCAGCAAGAGAAAGCCCAGGAUCGGGAAAAGCUGCUCCUCAAAUUCAUUAAGAUUAUGAAGCACUUAAGAAAGCUGAAUAAUUUUAACUCCUACUUGGCAAUACUGUCGGCAUUGGAUUCUGCCCCGAUUCGAAGACUGGAAUGGCAAAAACAGACCGCAGAGGGGUUGGAGGAGUACUGUAUGCUGAUCGACAGUUCCUCCUCCUUCCGAGCCUACCGGGCGGCCCUGGCGGAUGUGGAGCCUCCCUGCAUACCUUACCUAGGUCUCAUCCUGCAGGACUUGACAUUUGUCCAUCUUGGAAAUCCUGACCUUAUUGACGGAAAGGUCAACUUCUCCAAACGGUGGCAGCAGUUCAACAUCCUGGACAGCAUGAGGCGCUUCCAGCAAGUGCAUUACGAGCUGAAACGCAACGACGACAUCGUCUCGUUCUUCAACGACUUCGGCGACCACCUCGCCGAGGAGGCGCUGUGGGAACUGUCCCUGAAAAUCAAACCCCGCAACACCACCCGCCGCAGAACAGAGCGCGAGGAGAAGACCUAAGAGCGGGGCUCCUGCCGUCCCAAAACCCCCCCCCCGGACUGGACCUUCAGUUCCAGAGACACGCGCGGAUCGGCGGAGUGGGAAACAACUGUGACGGCAGCUCGAGGGGCCUGGCCUGCGUUUCUCUGUUACAGUUUACAGGAACUCUUAUUUUAUUAUGAUUUUUUUUUUUUUAAAAGCGUUAUUUGUUUGGGAUCCGCUCCGGGUUCCCCCCGGGGGCUUGGGGUUGAGGAGAUGCGGCGCAGAGCACAAAGAGCUUUUCGGAAAAGAGACCCUCGCAGAUCUGUGUUCCCGUCCCGUCCCGUCCCGUCCCGUCCCGUCCUGUCCAUUUCAAUGUGCGUCUGGUCUGUGCAUUUCAGGGAGUACCUGGACUUUGUGGACUUUGCUGAUGACACAAGGUGCUUUCUUUCCCCACGAUGACCCCUGACCCUUCAUUACGUGCCAUCCUGGGACUAUCCCCCGCCCCUCCCCACUCAUUUCAGCCUGCCGUGACGUCACAACGCCUGUCGGAGGACGGCUUCCUUCGGCGGCGUUGCCACGGCGAGAGGAACCGAACAGUGGGACUGGUGAGAUGAGUGGGGAGCGGAGACAGUAUCCUAGAGUAAUCAUGUGAGAUGAUUUUCAGAAAAAAAAAAACAAAAAAAAAAAGGUUUUGUUUGGAGCAUUUUAUGUAUCGAUUAUGUACGGUUAAUGUAUAGUACAGUUUUCCUUUUGUUCUUUAAAAGGGUGUUAACAGUUCAAAGAGAAGAUCUCAUCUUCUCUUAAGUGUGAUAACAAACGCGCACUUAAAAAGCAAAGCAAAAAAAAAGAUAGAAAUUAACAAAAAUAAAUAAAUAAAUGCUGUGAUCAAUGUCGAACUUGACUUGAAGAGUCUGGUUUGAGAGAGCUGUUGGCAGUCGUGUACGGUGAGGCGGUGAGAAGCAUGUUCCGGCCCUGUACCUCGGGGGGCUUGCUUCCAUGCUGUCCUCCUGAGGCUGCCAUGCCACACUGGGGCUCAAAGAUUCCAAAACAGGGAGGCAUUUUGAGUAGCAUACAGUAACUUUCAUCUAUUUCCCAGCACUCCUCUGGAAUUGAGUUCUGCCAGUACAAACACGUCACCCUGUGCAAUCCAAUAAAAUGCUCUGCAAUAUUUCUA